CGUAGGACAAAGAUAACACUGUGACGUGAACAGCUGUGCCCACGUAUGCGUUGUCAGUAUUUAUUAUUAUUGCAUCCACCUUUUCACAAAGAUCAACAAGAGUCUUGAUACACUUUGACUUACGUAAAAUGGCGGAUAUCAGCCUCCCUGCGACCUAUGUGGAUGGUUUCCAUGACAAAGAUGCUGUGCUGAAAAUGACGUAUAAUCCUCUAGGCAACACUGGGAUGAAGCCUUCUGUCCUCAGUUUCGGUGCAUCAUCCCUCGGCAGUGUGUUUCGUAAGACGGAUAACUCAGAGUCUCACCAAGUCGUCAAGUAUCUGAUCAAGAAUGGAAUCAACUACGUGGACGUGGCUCCGUGGUAUGGACACGGGAAGGCGGAGACGGUCCUAGGUGAGGGCCUACAAGGAGUUCCAAGAGAGGCGUACUAUGUCACGACAAAAAUUGGAAGGUACCUACCGGAAGUGGAUAAGAUGUUUGACUUCCGGGCGGAGAGGACGAUACAAAGUGUGGACGAAAGUCUACAGCGGUUGGGAUUAGAUUACGUAGAUGUUAUUCAGAUCCACGAUAUGGAGUUCGCUCCUGACCUUGACAUUAUUGUGAACGAGACGUUACCCGCCUUACAGAAGGUCAAGGACAGUGGCAAGGCUAAAUUUAUCGGAAUAACAGGGUAUCCCCUGGGAAACUUCAAGAAAGUGUUGGAACGAAGUACAGUGCAGGUCGACACAGUUCUCACCUACUGUCAUGCCUGUAUGAAUGACAACUCCUUGGCUGAACAUUUACCCUACUUUAAGGAGAAAGGAGUGGGCGUGGUCAACGCCUCCCCCAUCAGCAUGGGUCUGUUGACAGACCGUGGCCCCGCCUCCUGGCAUCCAGCCAAAUCUGACGUCAAGGACACGUGUGCAAAAGCCGCCGCCUACUGCCAGGAGAAAGGAGUGGAUAUUUCCCGCCUCGCUUUGGCCUUCACUCUCCGCCAGUCCAUACCUACAACACUGUUCAGCACUGCCAGCCUUGUGAACGCCAAGAAAAACCUGGACGGCCUGUAUACACCACUCACCGCCCUGGAGGAGCAAACGAGCCGUGAGGUCAUGGACAGGUUCAUGAAACCAUUAAACAACAAGAACUGGGAAGGUGAAGAGGUCAAAGAAUACUGGGAAAAUCUGGGACGCAAAUAACGGUCAAUAUGACAACUGCAAGACAGCCAAGUUUUUCAUCAUCGACCUGCCACUGUAACAAAACCUCAUUCUCGAUAUCCAGGGGUCACUUUAGCGCGCGAAAGUGAGCGAAAAUGAGCGUAACUCCUGGAUAUCGAGGAUGCUGAAACCUCAGUUCAUACCCAAAUAUUUUUUCCUCAUUAUUACGUUUGAAACGUUUUAGCAAUUGAAACUUUGUAAAAUAUUUUGCAAAAUAGAUUGCUUUAAACAAUUAAUUGAUUCCAUGAUUUACCUUUAAUAUUUUUUAGACAUUAAUAUGUGUUUAUAACAUGUGUUUAUUAACGCUUAAUUAUUAAUUAAGUUGUAAAUAAGGAUUACAGAGUAAUAUGCAAUCAUACACCUGGUGAAUGUCUUCCUAGAAACUAAGCACAACUGUCUUUUUAUGUAAUAGCAUGUACGACCAGUUGACUGUGUGAUGAAAAGGAGGUUGAUUAUACAGAUAUACAAUGUUGAUAUUGAAUCGUUAGUAACUCAAAUUGAAUGUUAGAAACUUUGUUUUCUUAUGAAUACUUGUCCGUGGAUGUUGUAUUAUUUUCAACGAACAUUGAAAUAUAUAUAUUUAUUUAUUUCCAACGCACAACGGAUGUUUCAAAUUAAUCAUUUGUAAUGAGGAUAUUAAAGUGAAUGUGUAUGAGAGUUGAUCUUUUAUGAUUGAUAAUCUCGAUCAAUGUUAUUUCCACCGAUUGUAAGUCAAGUGAUAAUUGAUAUUAAAAGAAUAUCUCAGGGUAUCAAAUACGCUAUUCAUAUGUCAUUUUCGGUCAAAUACUCGGUCAUAUCAUUUCAGGGAUUACAUUGGUAAAUAAAUAAUGUUAGCUUUAUCCCUCCUUAUGAUAGACUUUUUGUAUAACGAUAAGAAACAGAAUAACACCAACAGUGUUUAAUCGUCAUGUUUGUUAUAACAAUACACAGAUGUUUUCAAAUGUCCGAAAUGAAUAAAUGAUUAUCAACUAUA